CCACCCGUGCAUGCCCUCAGUGUAGGACUCUGAUACAAGCAGACAACAUGGGGAAAGGUUUCUACAUCAGCAAAGCUGUUGGGGUAGUGGCCAUCAUCGCGGGUGCAGGGGCGCUGGCGACUAUCAUUGCCCUGUCCGUUGUCUACUCACAGGAAAAGGCUAAAAACAACGACAAUGAAGUCUCACCAACGGAUGGAGGAGGAUCGACGCCCAAACCCCCCGUUACGACGCCUGCACCAUCCAACGAACCCUGGGACAAGUACCGACUUCCCAAGAGUCUGGUGCCGAACCACUAUAACGUCACCCUGUGGCCGCGGCUGACUCCAGAUGAGACAACUGGACUCUACAUCUUCACUGGUGAGUCCAGUGUGGAGUUUCGGUGUGCUGAGGAUACUAACCUGAUUCUUAUCCAUUCCAACAAACUGAACUACACCAAACUUGAGAAUGGCCAAUAUGCGAUGCUCACCGCCGUCAGUAAGGCCGACGCUCCCUCCAUCAAGUCUUCCUGGCUCCAGUCUGUGACUCAGUACCUGGUCCUCCAGCUGAAUGGUAAUCUUAUGAAGGACCACACGUACCACCUCUCCACUCGUUUCACUGGAGAGCUGGCUGACGACCUGGGAGGCUUCUACAGGAGCGAGUACAUGGAGAAUAAUGUUAAAAAGGUUGUUGCUACGACUCAGAUGCAGCCGACCGAUGCCAGGAAGGCUUUCCCCUGUUUUGACGAGCCGGCUAUGAAAGCCGUUUUCCAUAUCACGCUGAUCCACGACCGUGGAACUGUAGCGUUGUCCAACGGCGAGCAAAAAGAAUCAAGCAACGUCAUCAUUGAGGGCAAGGAUGUGCAGCAGACAUCGUUUGAGCCAACUGAGAAAAUGUCCACCUACCUGCUGGCAUUCAUCGUCAGCGAAUUCUCCUUCAUCAACAACACCAUUGACGACGUCUUGAUCCGUAUCUUUGCCCGGACACCUGCUAUCACUGCUGGCCAAGGACAAUAUGCCCUCAACAAAACUGGACCCAUCCUUAAGUUCUUUGAGAAUUAUUACAAUUCCAGCUACCCCCUGCCCAAAUCUGAUCAGAUCGCUCUGCCAGACUUCAAUGCUGGAGCCAUGGAGAACUGGGGUCUAAUCACAUACAGAGAGACGGCGCUGCUCUACGAUGAGGCGUUCUCCUCCAACUCCAACAAGGAGAGGAUUGCUACCAUCAUCUCUCACGAGCUGGCUCACAUGUGGUUUGGUAAUCUGGUGACACUGAGGUGGUGGAACGACUUGUGGCUGAAUGAAGGCUUUGCGUCUUACGUUGAGUACCUGGGAGCAGACGAAGCUGAACCCACCUGGAAUAUAAAAGACCUCAUCGUGCUCAACGACAUCCACAGAGUGUUUGCCGUCGAUGCCCUGACCUCCUCUCACCCUCUGUCCUCUAAAGAAGAGGACAUCCAGAGACCAGAGCAGAUCAGUGAGCUGUUUGAUGCCAUCUCAUACAGCAAGGGAGCAUCAGUCCUGAGAAUGUUGUCGGAUUUCCUAACUGAAGAAGUCUUCAAAAUGGGACUCAGGACCUACCUGGCAGAAUUUGCGUUCGGGAACGCAGUCUACACCGACCUGUGGAAGCAUUUGCAAAUGGCUGCUACUGCUAAUGGCACUUGGUUGCCUGCAAGUGUCAAUGACAUCAUGAACACCUGGGUGCUGCAGAUGGGCUUUCCAGUGGUUACCAUAGAUACCAACGCUGGGACUAUAUCCCAGCGACACUUUCUCCUGGAUCCAGACUCUGAAGUCACAACUCCAUCUCUCUUCAAUUACGAAUGGAUUGUUCCAAUCAAGUGGAUGAAGACUGAAGUUGUCCAGGAACCUUAUUGGCUGAAUGGUACAAAAGUCACAAAUGAGGCAAUGAAGGCAACAGGAAAUGACUGGGUGCUGGCCAACCUCGAUGUUGUGGGUUACUACAGAGUCAACUAUGACGACGCCAACUGGGACAAACUGCUUAAUGUUCUGAGCACCAAUCAUAAGCUCAUUCAAGUGAUCAACAGAGCUCAGUUGGUGGAUGAUGCCUUCAACCUGGCCAGAGCAAAGAUCAUCCCGACAGUCCGGGCCCUCAGCACGACCAAAUACCUGAACGUAGAGAGAGAAUAUAUGCCCUGGGACUCGGUCCUGGGCAACCUGGACUUCUUCUACCUCAUGUUUGACCGCAGCGAGGUUUAUGGUCCCAUGCAGGAUUAUCUGAGGAAACAAGUCACACCUCUGUUUAAUCACUACAAGACGAUGACUGGCAACUGGGAAACGGUGCCUACUGGACACAUGGACCAGUACAACCAGGUGAACGCCAUCAGCCUGGCCUGUCGGACGGGCCUUGAGGAAUGCCAAAAUCUGGUCAAGACAUGGUUCGCUGAAUGGAUGAACACCAACAACAACCCGAUCCACCCCAACCUCCGUUCCACUGUGUACUGCAACGCCAUCGCAGCAGGGGGCGCUAAAGAGUGGGAGUUCGCCUGGUCUGAGUUCAGGAACGCCAGCAUCGCUAGUGAAGCCGAGAAACUCCGCUCGGCCCUGUCCUGCACAAAGCAGCCCUGGCUGCUCAACAGGUACCUGGAGUACACCCUGGAUCCAAAACUGAUCCGAAAGCAGGAUGCCACCUCCACUAUUGUCUACGUUGCAAACAACGUGAUCGGUCAGUCUCUGGCGUGGGACUUUGUCAGGGAUCGAUGGUCGUACAUCUUCAAUCAGUACGGCGGUGGAUCGUUCUCCUUCUCCAACCUCAUCAACGGAGUCACCAAACGCUUUUCCACUGACUUUGAGCUUAAACAGCUGAGGCAGUUCAAGGCGGAUAACGCGGAGGUGGGUUUCGGCUCCGGCACGCUGGCAGUGGAUCAGUCCAUCGAGAGAACCAUCGCCAACAUGAAGUGGAUCGCAGAGAACAGGCAGAAUGUUCUGAAGUGGUUCGGCGACGAAGCGAAGCCAUGAUGAAGCUGCGUCCUCGCCCGACAUUUACAUUACCGUUUUUCUUUCCCCAUCAAAGUUAAUCUUGUUUGGAAGAAAAGGAGCUUUUGCACAAUGUGAAGUUAAACUGGGGAAAAGCAGUAGAAUUACAUCAAAGUGGAAAUGUAAUUAUGAACUCAGUUUUGAUAUUUAAAGUAGGAGAGAAGAUUUUGGGCAACAAUGUGUUAGUGUUUUGUUUGUUUUGUACUCUUUGAGAUCACCUUUCUGAAUAGAAUCUAUUUACAUAUCCCUGAAACGACAAAAUUAUAUGUUAGUGAAUAUGAAAAAGAGAUUUAUUAUUUUGUACAUUCAAAGCCUUUUCUUCAAAGUUGCAGAUUUUUCUGAUAUUUUUUUUACUAAAAUCUGAGUAUCGUCCUUGUAAAGUUGUGUUAACAAUAAUCGGCUUCCUCUUUGGCCUUUUGUUCAUAUCAGAUGGGAAAAAAACAUCACGAUGAACACAUUUUGGUUUUCAUUGUAUUUAAUAUUGACUUCUUCAGGUCGCAAUGCUGUUUUUAUUCUGUGACUUCAACGCUGGAUGUUUAAGAUAUUUCUUGUCACAAUAAUAAAAUAACCUUUGAUAAAACUGGA